UCGUUUUAGUAGUCAUUGAAUGUACGAAGGUUACCAGAAUGCUCGACGUGUUUAUAAAUUAAUUUAUACGCAGGACAAGCCAGAAUUAUACGAAUAACAUAAACAUGUUAGCGUACUAAUAAUUUAAGCAGUUUUUUUAUAGACGUAAUAUUUGCUAGCGAAGUUAAAUGUGUGAGUGAUUAGUAAUUAAACUUAGUAGGAACACUUAUUCGUUUGAUUUGUUUUUAUACAUAGUGAAAGUUGAAGGAACAUAGUUGGAUUCUGGAUUUAUGUCCAAAAAGAAAUGUCCAAGUGAUGCGUCUAGAAAACCACACGUAGAAAUCAGUCUCAAAAAUGCCACGCGCUCCUUUGUAAAAGACUGUGUCCUCUUCUGGAGGAGCUUUACGGUUAUUCUCGAUUGGUUAAGUCAUUGCAAAUGAUUUCCACCGAUCGAGGAAUUUUGUACAAGGCCAGCCACUCUCUACGCCCCUAACUCGUUGUGAGAGUGAGGGCGGUUGUUGCUCAAAAAAUAGUUCGCGGCGAUGCAGCGAGGUGUCUUCCGGCCUGACAAAAGCCAGAACGCACGUCGUUAAACACUCGGUGCUGCAAGCCCUUCGAAGAUCCAAGAUUUAUGGCAUUCACUUGUGUUAUUGACAUUGUCAUGGGAAAACUACGUGGACUCAUUUGUCCGUCAAGUGGCUAAAAAUGUUGAAGACGCUUUCUCAAAGAUAGUGUCUUACGUUGUGCAUUCCAUAAAUCUUGCUGAACCCUUGUGUACCAAAUGUUUCUUUUUCGUUGCACAACUAAUCGCUACGGAGUUAUAUCAUGACCUGUAUAAUCUUAUUGAAAACUGUGACAUGUGUCUUUUACUUGCUUUGAAUAUUUGGGGAAUUCGCACUUAUUUCCUGUAAUGAUUCCAAGAAUAGUAGUUUUUUUACUAUUAAUUUUUUAGCUAGUCGAUCACUCGUAAACAAAUUUUCUGUGGUUACCGGUACACACCAUAUUUGACUACAGAUUAAUUAUUAUGGCCAGAAGACACAACUUCGUAGGGUGGAAAUCCUGUGCUAAGAUUAACAUGCUAGUUGGGUAAGAAAGUCCCUUAUGACACAGGGAUGGAUUGACAUGCAGAAUAUUAACAGCUCAGAUUGUGCUCCAUCACAUUAAAAAUUGAAAAUCUCAAUGAUUAAUUCGUCUCAAUGAGUUCUGAAGCAUUGAGAGCAUUGAGAUGCCUUUCUGGAAGUCGCACCGCGAAACAAACAUAACCUUUUAUCUGGGAAAUUAUGUGCAAAAGUUUGGAAUGGUCCAUUUGACUGGAUAUAGAACUGGAAUGAACCAGAUGGAGAUCCGGAAUGUGCCGGAAGGAGAAAUAUUAAAAAUGAGGUAACGUUUUAUUAUUUAGCAAAAAGUGCAAAAUGCUAAUCUUGCAAUGACAAAAAUAUAACAUAGAGUAUCAUUAAUACCACUAACUGAAUCAGCAAUAAACAAAAAGUUUUUAUCACAACAUUCCCAAAUGAACGUCUCAUCUAGACAAUUUCAAGCAGAUCAGCUUGUUGAUCGAUUGAUAGUUGGUUCAAGUGGAUUUGUCAUGCCUGAAAAUCAUGCCGCAAAAUGUAACGCACAACAGUUUACACAUCUUGCGUAAAGAAAAUUCAAUUACUUACCUUUUUAUCUAAAAUCAUAACAGAUAGUGUACUGCGAUCGAAGUUGAUAACAUAUUUUUCUUGAAUUUUAUUUUCAUUUUGUAAACACAAUUUGUUGCGUUUACUAUAAUAUUAUAACUAUGAAGAUAGGUACUGAAACAAGCGUUGGUCGCGAACGUGUAAACGUGCGCGGGACACCUAUAACAACCAUGCGUGCAAGUAUCGCAUUCCUUUCUAAUUUUGUCACCGCAACGCUCUAGAUGUUUUGUUCCUCAAUUAAAGUUGAAAAUUGACUGCAAUGAGACGAUUACAGUAUCGGAUUUACGUGAGAAAAAAGCACUUGUAAGCAGAUCCCAUGAAACGCACAAUAAAACAUCUUAUCAUAUUAUCGAUUAAUUGCACUAUCUGUUCCUCUUUCGUAUCGUGACUCAGCGGGGAAACUAACCACAGAAUUCUACUGCUGAUACUAUUCGUUUAUAAAGCUCUGAGUAUUGCGUUGAUUCGCGUCACACGCCGUCUUACGAUUAGUAGUUCCGCGACCAGCGUCCGCAGUCGAUCGUUCACUAACGUACCGCCAUGAACUACAUCGUGCCCGUCGCACUUUUCCUCUUCUGCGUCCUAUGCGUCAUCAAGCAGCAGCAGUGUGCCAAGAUUCUUGCGAUCCUCCCGACGGCAUCCUACAGCCAUCAGAUUCCGUACCGACCAUUAUGGCUAGAACUGCAUAAACGAGGGCACGAGAUUGUGCUCAUUACUACGGAUCCGAUUCCGAACAUGAACCGAAAGAACUUCACGCAGAUCAACAUUAGUCAGAUGUACAAAGACGUCAGAGGGGUCGAUUUCGUUAAGCGGCGGUUCGAGAAGGCCGAUUUUCUGACGUUCGUCGAGGAAAACAUGCUGCGCCUGAUCGAUAUUGCUGCGCAACACAUACUGAACAACACGGAUGUAAAACGGUUGUAUGCUCCUAACAGCAACGAGCAUUUCGACCUUGUGUUCGCCGAAAUGUUACUCACACCCUCUGUGUACGCCUUCGCUCACAGGUUCAACGCGCCUUUGAUAGGAUUAAGUUCAUUAGGGCUGCUUACACUCAAUGAACAUGCUCUCGGCGGCCUUGUAUUGCCAUCGCACGAAUACACCUGGGAAAUGGAAGCGAACAUAGGAACGCAUCAGCCAUUUUGGAAACGGCUACAGAAUUUCGUGAAACUCUAUCGCUACAUGUACUUUUUGUACAGCAACAUAUUUCACCAGCAACAGAAAUUAGUGGAGAAGUACUUCGAGAGGCCUCUGCCCCCACUACUCGACAUACUGAAGAAUACCAGCCUUAUAUUUGUCAAUCAAGCCGAUGCAUUAACUGCGGCACGACCGAAACUGGCAAACAUGAUCAUGUUCACCUCAUUCCACGUCAAGGAAAAAUUGACUCCGUUGCCCCAGGAUUUGAAACGCUUCUUGGAUCAAGCGACUGAAGGAUGCAUCUACUUUAGCCUCGGCAGCAACGCCAUGAGUUCGUCCAUGCCGAAAGAAACUCUACAGGUUUUCCUGGACGUGUUCGAUAAAUUGCCCUACAAAGUUGUGUGGAAGUACGAGAAAGAGCCGCCAGUUAAACGUGACAAUAUCUUUUUCGGAAAAUGGCUUCCCCAACAAAGUAUUCUUGCACAUCCCAAUAUUAAGAUGUUCAUUUACCAAGGAGGUCUACAAAGUACCGAAGAAGCGGUACAUUUUACGGUACCGCUAUUAGGACUUCCGGUAUUAGCGGAUCAAGAUUACCAGGUGCUUAGAAUGGAAGCCCUUCGGGUCGCGAUACAUCUAGAAAUCACGACCAUCACAAGAGAAGAAUUGGAGGGGGCAAUUCUAGAACUGAUAAAUAACAAACAAUACAAGGAAAAAAUGAUCGAACUCAAAAAGGUCGUGAACGACAACCCUUACGAUUUGGUAGAACAUCUAGCGUGGUGGACGGAAUACGUGAUUCGUCACAAAGGAGCCCCUCAUUUUCGAUCGACUUUGGCUGAUCAACCGUGGUACCAACGCUGCGAUAUGGACAUCGUGGUGUUCCUGACGAUCGUAGCCGUUUUAGUAGUUUCAAAAACGACCAGUAUCAUCGCGACACUAGUCGUGCGAUCUUACAAACGUUAUCGCCUGAUGUCCACAAGAGGAAAGCGAAAAAUGAAUUAGCUCUAAAUUGGUGAAACAAUAUUAUACAUACAUAUCAUUCAUGAAUUGUGUUCGUCAUGUGUUCUGCAGCGGAACAUGCUGAUCGUUUUAGUAGUCAUUGGAUGUACGAAUGUUACCAGAAUGCUCGACGUGUUUGUACAUUAAUUUAUACACAAGACAUGCCAGAAUUAUACAAAUAACAUACACAUGUUAUAGUACUAAUAAUUUAAGCUGUUUUUUAUGCACGUAGUAUUAUCUGGCGAAGUUAAAUGAGUGAGUGAUUACGAAGUGCGAUAUGAGUUACGGUAUUUAAAAUAUAGUGUAAUAUAGUAUUGUCUGGUGUAUUUGUUAUGUAUAGUAUAUACCUUACAAUAUUGUUUUAUUUAUACCUGCAAUAUGAAUUAAUCUUAAGGAUCGUAUUGUGCAGCCUUAUUAAAUGCAAUUGUUCUUGUAAAAGGUAAAUACUGAUGAUGUUAAAUAUUUAUUUACUAAAAAGUCAUUAAUAACUUCAGUUAAAAUGAAAUAUUUUUAUGAAAUGUUAUUAUAUUUCCCGUUUUGCUUUUACUUUUGUUGAUCCAGAUUUUUAAUGUACUAAUUUAAUUGUACGGACAUAUUUAGUUUCUUUCCAUGAAAGGAGUGUUUACAAGAACUGGUAAAUACUCACUUGUGAAAAUAAAUAUAAAUAAAUUCCAGUGUUUUGUAGAAAAAAUGAAUUUCUAUUAUUGCCGCCUUAAGAAACUCAUAUACGGUACAUUAUAUUCCUUCUUCUUUUUCAAAUCAAAAUAUAGUGUAAGUCUGUCAUAAAUAGGUGUUAUUGCGAGAAAAUAAUUUACCAUCAAUUACACAAUCAUAGUGUAUAUAUUUUUGCUAUAUAAUGCAUUGUUUCAAUAAUUGAGUGACCUCAUUGGUUUAAUAAUUUUACAUUAUAUAGUUUCAAAGAAACAGAUAAACCCUUAGAGCACUAUAAAAAUCACAACGACAUUGUAAUAAUUAGCAAAAACAUUUUCCUAUUGUA